AAAUCAUUUCGUAUGCAAAUAAGAUGUUGCCAACGCCAUCUUACAAUCGGAUAUUCUGACUUUACGAAAAUCCAUUUAUAUCUCUCUUACGGCGGGCAAUCGCCGGAUUUUGACUUUUAAUAAGUGAUUAAUAGACAUUGAAGAUGGCUUCGCCCGACGGCAAGCUCUCUACGACUGAAAGGGUUGUGAAAAGUGUGCCAUUUCCUCCUAGUCACAGACUUACUAUGAAUGAAGUUUUUGAUGCUAAAGGCAAACCACGACCAGAUGUACUGAAACAACAUUUUAUUCUUGAAGGCAAGGUUACAGAAGAUGUUGCUCUGCGUGUCAUUAAUGAAGGUGCUGCCCUUUUACGACAAGAGAAAACCAUGAUCGAUAUUGAAGCACCAGUUACAGUAUGUGGUGAUAUCCAUGGCCAGUUUUAUGAUCUGAUGAAGCUAUUUGAGGUUGGAGGUCCUCCAGCUACCACACGCUACCUCUUCUUAGGUGAUUAUGUAGACAGAGGCUACUUUAGUAUAGAGUGUGUAUUAUACCUAUGGGCUUUGAAAAUCUUAUAUCCCAACACAUUCUUUCUGUUGAGAGGAAACCAUGAAUGUCGGCACUUAACAGAGUACUUCACAUUCAAACAAGAAUGCAAAAUAAAGUAUUCUGAGCGUGUUUAUGAUGCAUGCAUGGAUGCAUUUGAUUGUCUGCCACUUUCAGCUUUAAUGAAUCAACAAUUCCUUUGUGUACAUGGUGGGCUUUCUCCAGAAAUUCACAAUUUAGAUGAUAUCAGAAAGUUGGAUAGAUUUAAAGAACCUCCAGCAUUUGGGCCAAUGUGUGAUUUACUCUGGUCAGACCCUUUAGAAGAUUUUGGCAAUGAAAAAACAACAGAACAUUUUACACAUAACAGUGUUCGAGGUUGCUCAUACUUUUAUAGCUAUGCAGCUUGUUGUGACUUCUUACAACAGAAUAAUUUAUUAUCAAUUAUAAGAGCACAUGAAGCACAAGAUGCAGGAUAUAGAAUGUACAGAAAAAGUCAGACCACGGGAUUUCCUUCAUUGAUAACUAUCUUUUCUGCACCAAAUUAUUUAGAUGUUUAUAAUAAUAAAGCUGCUAUUUUAAAAUAUGAAAACAAUGUGAUGAACAUAAGACAGUUCAACUGUUCACCCCAUCCAUAUUGGUUGCCAAAUUUUAUGGAUGUAUUUACUUGGUCAUUACCAUUUGUAGGAGAAAAAGUGACAGAGAUGCUUGUAAAUGUAUUGAAUAUUUGCUCAGAUGACGAGUUGAUGAGUGAUAUCGACGACACAUUCGAAGGGUCCCGCAAUGUGAAGCCUGCAAGAGGUGGAGCAGUAGCAGCUAGAAAGGAAGUCAUACGAAACAAAAUAAGAGCCAUUGGCAAGAUGGCCAGGGUAUUUACAGUGUUACGAGAAGAAAGUGAGAGUGUACUACAGCUUAAGGGUCUAACCCCUAAUGGUCUGCUACCACUCGGAGCCCUGUCUGGAGGCAAAGAUACACUCAGUAGUGCGCUUGGUGGAUUUAAUCCCUCACACAAAAUAAGUGGCUUUGAAGAGGCAAAAUCUCUGGAUAAAUUGAAUGAACGCAUGCCGCCUCGUAAAGAAGUGCAAGUGAACAAUUCCACAAAGAGCUAGGAGAACAAAACAUGUUUAAGAUCGAAUGAGAAGGCUCUUCCUUAGAAAACAACGCAAAACUUAACAGUGAGCUUAAAGCCAUUCUGAACAGUUAAAUAAACUAGUAUAAUAAUGGACGAAGAAGCUUUUUGGACAGGGUAUGCUGCCUUGCAAAGUUGGUUCAUUAAAAGUUAAACUGAGGGUGGUGUAGUUCAUGACUGGAUGAGAUUUUUGUAUCACCUCAGGGGAGGGCCUUGUACUGCUCUGCUCAUUGCAGGGAGUAUUUUCUACAAAUUCUGCUGAACAUGGAGAUAUUGCCUAGUACUGUAUGUGAAUGUUUUAACGUCAUUUUCUGGGACAUUGUCGCUACAUUUUACUUUUACCAUGUCACUGGAAAUUUCAUGGCGUUUUUACUUGAUUGACAUUGUACAGUUAUGAUCUACAAAAGUUGACUUUCAUCUAGUCAAAGUUGAUAUUUUUCUACUUUGUUAUUGUUGGUUCCGUGUUUUUUCUGUUAUGCAGGCAGGGUUAGUUGAAGUGGUAUGUGAUGAAAGUGUUAGAAGAAUAAGAUGUGAUCAAAUGACCGCUCGGAAUCCCUCAACAUGGCAGCACUGAGGGAUCACUUGGGUCAGAUGAGAUGUUACUUCAACCUGUCUGGCAUUUAUACUUAAAUACAUUUUUUUUGAUCAAAUAAUUCAUAUUGCUCCAGUUGCACUUCAAGAGCAGAAAGAGAAACGUAGAAACACAUGAGAGUGAUAUGAAAAUACAUUUUUUUUUCUUGAUUAUUUAUUUUUCAUUUGAAUCAAGAACUGAUCUGUUGUUGUUUUACCUCCUGUAGCUGCUCAUCAAUAGUUUGGCAUCAGGAUUUAUUUGUGUACUUUUCAUCAUAUCAUUGUAAAGUUCUGGUAGUGAAUGUCAAACUGUGAUUGUAUACCCCCCAACAAAAAAGACAGAACUGUUUGAAAUUGCCGAAAGGGAUUAUGGUUUCUACUUAGUCAACACAGUUUUAGUUUUCAGUGUUAGUUGACUAGUACCUGGCAGAUAUAAUAAUGGACAUUAGUUCAUACAGAAAUAUUUCACACAGCUUCAACUUAGACUGGAGAGUAGACAACAUCCAUCUUCAUUAGUAUAUAACCAAGUUGUGUAAACUAUUUAUUUUUAGUUUAUUUGUAUAACAUAUAACUGUUGAACAAUUAGACAAUUUAGACUUUCGUCUAUCAAAUACUGAUUAAUAUUUUGUAGAAAAUCUAACUGAUGUCUUAGUCUUUACUUAUGGUUAAAUAACAACAAUAUAACGAAGUGAACAAAAAAAAUUUUUUGAACAAGUAUCAUUCCUUAUUUGUGAGAAAAUAACCUGUGUAAGUUAUAUAUUUAAUGGAGGGUGAAUCUGUGUAAAGGAUUGUUAUUUUAUCAGUGUUUUGGUUUGAUUAUCUCCCCCUGUUUCUCCUCCCUCCCUAUUUGAUACAUGGCUGUGAUACAACAGUUUGUGUGACCUUUGUGUAUUAUUAUCGGGCAUAAUUACACACUGGCCACAUAUAUGUCAACACAUAUGUAUAAAUAUGCUAUUAGUGAAUGAGUGCAGCUUUUUAAAUUUUUUCUAUGUGUAUUUAAUUAUUUUGUAUGGUAAUUGUUUGUAUUGUAUAAAUUUCUUGGAUCUUGAAUAUGGUAGUGUGUGGAUGUGAACAUUUUACAAACAUAAAAAAGUUGUUACAUGCAAAUAUUCAGUUGCUCUGUUUUGAUGUUAAUUUUUGUUUUAUUAAUUACUGUUGGAACAUUGCAGUGAAUUUAACAUGAAAGUGUAAACAUUGUUAGAUUGUUAUUUAGGCAUUAGAAUAUAUAUAGGUAAAGUUAAAAAGUAUUGGUUAUGGUUGACCUAGUUGAUAUAAAGGUGAUGCACAAGGCUUCCAAGUUUUAGAGGUCAAUAGUCUGUAUUAAUAAAUCAUUCUAUAACUUAAUUGGGAUUGUAGUUUCUGUUAUAGUGAAACAAGUGACAGGAGGAUUUUUGAACCCAUAUUGUCUGUCUGUCUGUCAGUCUACCUGGAAAGUUAAUGAAAAGGUGUAACAAACUUUUAGUCAUACAUGUGCAAGGUGAACAAAAAAAAAGUAGAAUAAAAACCAUCCAAGAGCAAGUAUACCCAAAUUUUAUAAGUUUAUUAACGCAACGUGUAAAAGUCUCUUGCCUUAGUCUAACCCUGUCCUGACAUUUUGAUUCAGGUGGACAAAUUAAGAUUAGUGGCGUUUUAUCUUUAUUACAUAUAUUGUAUACAUUUUUUUUUAAGAAUAAUCAAUUCUAAAAGGAGAUUAAUCUUUUUCUUGGUUUGUACUGCAGAAAUUAUAGACACAUAAUAACUUCAUUUGUUAAAGCCAUGCUUCUUGUUAAAGUCAUUAUUCCUUUCUUCAGAUAUAAUCUUUGAUAUUAUGCAUAAAGCUUUGCAUUAAAAAGCCCAUUUCAUUUCACUAAUCAAUAUUUGUGUUUUUUGGUACCUUCUGUAUUUUAUUGUGCUCAUUUUAAAAUGCCAUCAUACUUUGACAUUUAAAAGUUUAAUUUCCAGAUUAUAUAGCUUUAAUGUAGCCUUGCAUAAUUUAUUAUUUGUUUUAAAAUGUAGCUGUUUUUACUGAAAUAUUUUGUAAACAGUUUGUGUAAAUCAAAGCUUUUAUAUGAAGCACCUGUCUAUAAGAAACAAUUGGAUAUGAAUUAUUUUGUUUAUAGAGCAGUCAAAGCAUUAAGCUAUGUACUGUGGCAUUACUUGAAGUGGCUGUAACUUUUUCAAUUUAUGAUUUUAAUUAUUGUUAGUAACUUUUAUAAGGUUUACCUCCUUAAAGGUACCUAUUAAAUGUAUCAACCUCAUAUGGCUCCCACCUUGUAUCAUUAUUUCUUAUCUAUGGUAUAUCCCAUGGUCUGAGUGGUUAAGCUCUCUUUACUUUAAAUGACAUGCUCCCGGCUGCUGUGGGUUCAAAUCCUGUCAGGGAUUUCUGAAAUAUUUCAUGUGAGGAAGAUAUUGAAAGGUUUGUGGUUCUGCAUAGGUGCCAUUUGUGCCUGAAAUAAUGAAGGAAGGGGCACCCAAGGUCUUCUUCCAUUAGUAAAGCUGCAAAGUUGCUUAUGACCUUAACAGUGUUUGUGACUUAAAACCCAUUAAAAUGAGAUUAUUUCCCAGUAUGAAAUACUAUCAUGUGUACAAUUUAUAAUUUUUUAGCCUUAUUUCUUACCGGCCAUGUUCUACUUAAAACAACAACAAUUAUUGAAGUUCAAUGCCAAUAGAAUAUUCCAGGCUUUGUGUAUGAUUAAAUUACAUUUUGUAUACAGAUUUUUAUUUGAAUUUUAUGGUAGAUGAUACAUAAUUACUAAAAAAAUAGGUUAUAAUUACAUACAUUAGACCAAAUAAUGUAAUAUUGUAGUUUAAUUAACAAGGGGAGUAUGGAAUUUCUGAUCAAUAUAAUGUUACCUAUUUAUUAUAGAGUGCAUACUUGUUUAUUACUUGUUUUGUUACUGUUUUACUUAUUAUUAUGGUGGUAAUUAUUUAUGAUUUUGAAUUUUCAUUGAUAUUGUCUAAUUUCAGUAGAAAUUAGAAAAACCUUAAUUUGAAUGUCACCAAGCCUUAUUUUGCAUUUAUGAGAAAUGAAAAAAAUUAACAACAUGUUUGUUCACUAUUUAUUUCACAGACAUGUGUAUUUUUGAAAAGCUAUAGAAAGGUAGAUUUAGGUUGAAAGGAAUCCUUGGCUAUAGAAACCCAAAAUACUUACAUGAUUUUAGUGUGUACUGCAUUUAAUGGUGAGACACAAAGGGAUGAAAAUAGAUAGAUAAAAUUAUCAAGAAACACAUGUUAAUAAAAGUGCUGACGGGUGUACAGUUAUUUUUCAAAUAGAUUUUUAUUAUAAAAUUAAGGUGCAAUAUAUAUAGAUAUGUGUACAGUAUGCAUUGUUACAUAGUAAAAUAUUCUCCUGUUUUUGUUUUGAUUUUUGAAAUUCUACUUAUAGAUACAAAAUGGGCAAAAUGAAACAUUUUUCUUUAUAUUUUCAUGUUUAUAAAUAGAAUAUAUGCUAAUGAUAAUAAUAAUAAUAGUUAUAUCAUUGUUAAUAUAAAAGAGAUUGGGUGUUGGUAUUGAGCUAGAUGAGUAAAUGCUUUGAUGAAAUAAUUUUUUGUGCUAACUUGUUAUAUAUAGCAGGUUUUUGAAAUUCCAUUUAUAUUUUGUAAGUCUUGUUGAAUGACUAAAGUAUUGUGACUUUUCUUGGCAAUCUCCUCUCGACACUGACUUUUCCCUUUCAAUCAAAACAUACAUGCUUCAAGUAUACAGAAAGCUAUAAAGUUUUUUCUAAAUAAGGUAAAAGAUAUUGUUAAAACUGUAUACCAUUUGGAUUUUGAAUUCCAGAUGCUUUAGUUAUUAAAAAAAAAGAAGAAAUUGUUUGCUAUAUAUUUUUUUGAAUGAUAUUGUAUGCAUUGUUUUUGUGUUAAGUAACAUAAUAAAUUGUUUUACUAUUGUACAUGUCAACCUGUCAUCUGUUUUGACACCAUAUGAAGUUUGGUGAUAAUCAUAGGAAUUAUCUUGAAUUGAAAAAAAAAAUCAUUACAACCACUUUGCACUGUGUCAUCAAUUUGUAAAUGCUCACUUCUAUGUUAUGUAUAUCUUGAAGUAAAAAAAAACAACAAAAAAUUGGGGAAAAAAACAACAAAAAAAACACCCUCCUAACAAAAUAACUCACCUGUAUCCAUACAUGUGAACUCUCCCACUUUAGGCGGGAGACUCCCACUUUUUUCAGCCAUAUUUUCAAAGAUUUUUCUUAAAAUAAGGGGUAUUUUCACAAAUUAAAGAAAUCUCCCUAUUUUUGAUGUCAGAACUUCCUUCUUUGUUUAUUGCAAAUUCUAAAAUCUCCCUUUUUUUUGAAGAAAAAUCUCCCACUUCAUCAUUGAAAAAAGUUCACAUGUAUGUGUAUCCAUUGUGUCAAGUUCCUCUUAUAUAUGCAAUAACACAAAUAUUUAGAGAAAAAAACAACUUUCAGCUGAUACAAUAUAUUAAUUAAAUUGUUCAAAAUAGUGAAUAAAAAAAACACUCUGAUUAUCAUAUUGUUUUCUAUUGUGCGUGAGAAUAUGUGUGUUUUCUAUUAUAACAAUGAUAAAUUACUGAUAAAACAUUUCAAUGGGCAUAUAUUUUCAAUUCAUAAUUUAUAAUUUUUCCCUUAACAUAAUGGACUUGUCUGGUUUAGAAUAAGGAACAGUUCAUUAUAAAAUAUAGGGAUUACCAGUCUGUAUACUGGUAGCUCAGUCUUAAGGCAUUUUGGCAUUAGAAUAGUUAAGGUUAGUGCUAUAAUGACCUAAGUUGGCAUAUCAUAAGGACUCGUAUUAGCUUAUUAUUUAUAUGAAAUAAGUUGAUUUUAAGUGGUAAACAGUGAGCAUAUAGUGAGCGGUAUAUAAAUAUAACAUUUCUAUAACAAGUUUAUGUACAGGUGUAACGAAAUGACAUUGAAUGCAAGGUACUUUUUUAUCUUACAAUAUUGUAAGGCAAAGAAAUAAAGCAACAUAUUCACUCUUUGACGGGUCAUUUCUUUUAUAAAGUGAGAAUUGAUAACUGUGAAAGAAGUAAGGGUUAUAUUAUAUUGAGAAAGUGACACCAGGUUAUAAAAACUGAUAUUUACUAAACACCAAGGUGGUGACUCGCGUUCUGUCAUUGUGGCUCCAGGACUGGUUAGUUAAAUGGAACUAUAUUCAUUAAAAACAAAAAAAUUAGUACAUGAUUUGUUUGAAGAAUAAAUGAAUUAUAGUAUGAUUAAGAUUUACAUGAUUUACAUAGACGUGCUUGUGUAUGAUAAGAAAUAUUUAUAUCAUAGUUAAUAUAAUACAUCACAAUUAUUUUUGAUGUUAUGUUGUUUUUUUAUGAAUUUCCUGUUAAUGCUUUAAGCUUAUUACUAAGAAUUAGCAAAAAUGUGAAAAAAUAUGUAAUGUUUAUAGAUACAAAAGACAAUGAAUCAGGCAUAGUUUUAAUUCAAUGUUCAACAAACACUGUAGUAUGAAGUUAAAUAUUAUUGUUUUAUUUAAUUUUUUUAGUGGUAUACGUUGUGUUUGUUUUGAAUACAAAAAAGUUAAUUAUGUAGUUUAAACAUUAUAUUAUUGUUAGAGAGUGCAAGAUUUGUUAAAUAUUGAAACUUUUUUCUGUAUAAUUCUUAUCCAGAGUACCAUGGGCAUAACAAGAGUGAAGUAUAAUUCUAGAGACUGGUCAAUCAGUAGUUAUCUAUAUGCUAGUAUGAAUCUAUGAAGACAACAUUCCAGUUACCUCAUAAUGUUUGCCAGUAUAAUCUCUCUGAUUGGUGAUAUUUAUCUUGAAAAAUCUUGAUUUCACAGUGAUUGUAUUUCUGAGGAAUAUUUAAUUUUUGUUCAGAUGUGUUUUCUGAUCUUACUUUAAUACAAGCUAUAGUUAAGACUAAAGUAUAUAAGUAGUUAUUUCUGCAGAGAUUGAAAAUCUACAGAACUUAAAGUCUGUUGUGUUUGGUGCAUUAAUUCAUCCAGUUAGAAGAUUGUUUGCAGGGACUGAUUAAGGUGUGAUUAAUUCCAUUGUUUAGAUUUUCUCCCUUACUGUAACAGGUAAGUGACAAAAUGACAUAUAAUGUUAAUCAUGCAUUAAAACAAAAAGCAGUUAAUGCUACAAAGAUAUUUUACCGUUUACAUGGAAAGAGAAAAGUCGGAUGUAAUUGAAAAUCAUAAUGUAAUACAAUGGAUGUAGAUCUGUAGGAAACAAGAGAAAUAAUGUUAACGUCACAAUAGAAAUUACACGAGGCAGAAAUUUUAGACCCCCUUGUUAAACAAAAAUCACAGAAUACUAAGCCAGCAGAUUUAAGUAUGUGUACGGAGACCAUACUGAUGAAAAUAGAAAUAUAAUGAUUUUUGUUAUUACCAAAAUUAGUUGCUAUGGUUAUAGUGUGUUGACAAAAUAAGCUUGGUUUUCACCUCAUUAUCACAUCUGGUACUAGAGCUUUGGUUUUCUGAAGUCAUUAUAAGAGAAGGUUUAUUAUUACAACACCAUACAACAUGCAAUGAUAGCAGAUAAAUUGGCCUAAUUAGAAACUGGUUUUACAACUGAACUGUUCUCUCUCUUUUUUCUGCUGCAAGCAGAAAUUGAUCAGUUUCUCUUUUGUUAUUUUCUUUUGAAACAAGGGAUAUCAAAAACUAUAUUGGUUAAAGCCGAGGAUUUGUUUGAGAUUGCUUGAAAGCCAUGAAAAAAAAAAAAACCCAUUUGAUUGAAAAAAAAUGUUAAUGAAUUAGGAAUGUUCACAUUGUUUUCCUAGAAACUGUGAAGGGUUUAAUCAUUACUAGUUUAUAUAUGGAGGCAAACCUCAGGGGUCUCUGUGGCCGGGUGGUGAAAGUCUCUAACUUCAAAUCACUUGCUCGGUGGUACACAUUUAUUUGCAUUUACCGUACAUUCCCAUAAUGAGGUGUCUAUAAAAUCUUUUUACAAUCGUAGGUGUGCAAACUUGAACAAUGAGUCUUCAUGUUUAUAAUUAUAAGACCAUUUUCUGCAGUAGUGUUAAACAGAAUAUAUAGCCUGUGUAAGAUGUAAAAAUGUUUAGAAAGAUAGCUCUAGAUCAGAUGACAUGUUUCAACAUUAUAAGGACAUAAUUUAUCAUGUAUGAAAACUCUUGUUUACAUUAUCCUGAUACAAGCAACCUUUAUGUAGGUAUGCUCAAAACUAGUGUUAAUACAAGUUUCUUGUUGUUACCUCAAAAAAUACAAAACAAUUUAGAUUUUUGAAAUCCAUAUAUGUAAAUGAAAUUAUUGUACAAAAUAUAGCGAGGAAUUUAUUUCCCUUACUGUAAUUUUUUUUGAUAUAUGUUAAAUUGUAAUUUAAGUAAAAAAAAAAAACCACAACAAAAUUGAUUGUGGAGAUCUAUAGUUUCUAUAGUACUAUGAUUGUAAAAUUGUUAAUCAUGAAGCACUAGUAUUGAGAAUAUCCAACAAACAACAAAACUGUUUAUGUCUGUAUGUAUGAUGAUGUAUUUUAUUUUUAUAAUCUGCAAUAAUGCACUCAGUAAAUACAGCCUUGUGAAUAGUUUUUUCAAUUAUAAUGCAAAAUUUACUAUGUAAUUUUCCUUAUUCAUUUAGAUUAUUAAAAUUUUUCCAUUCAUGUCUUACGUGAACUGUGUACCCUGUUGUAAAUCAUGCAUGUAUUCUUAUUCAUAAAAUUUUCCGUGUUGAAUUAAAUCUUAUACUUUUUUCUUCA